AUGGCGCCUUACUACGAGUCGCUGGCCAAACGAGCACUAGAGGCAGCAGACACCCACGUCGCCAAGCGCGAUCUGUCCGUCAACCACACCCAGGCGGUAACGCUAGGGGUAAUGGCCGCCUACGUGGUGGUGAUUGCGCUGCUAUGGAACCUGCCCUAUGUUCGGUGGUCGCUAUGGCCGUUCAAGAUGCUGGUCAUUGCGUUCCAUGAGUUCGGCCAUGCCAUCACCGCAUGUUGCACAGGGGGCCGCGUCAAGUCCAUCUCCCUGGAUCCCCAUGAGGGCGGAGUCACGCACAUGCAGGGCGGCAUCAGCGCCGUCACUCUCCCGGCUGGGUAUCUGGGAUCCUCGAUCAUCGGGGCUCUGCUGAUUUUCGCGGGUUUUAAUAUCGUCGCGAGCAAAGUUGCCAGUAUUGUCCUUGGCGUCUGCUUCUUGCUCACGCUCUGGUGGGCUCGACGUGAUUGGCUCACCAUCAUCACUGUUCUUCUCGCGGUCGGGCUGCUCGUGGCAUGCUGGUUUAUUGCGCAUGGCGAGGCACUGCGAUGGGUGGUGCUUUUUAUUGGUGUUAUGUCUGCCCUGUACAGUGUCUGGGAUAUCUGCGACGAUCUCAUCCUUCGCAAAGUGAAUACUUCGGAUGCUAGCCAGUUCGCUCAGAGAUACGGUGGAUCGUCUCGCUGCUGGGGUGUUAUUUGGUCUCUGAUUUCGCUCAUGUUCAUGGCCAUCGGGAUCAUCGCCGGAAUUGCCGCAUUCCACCAGUCCUUCAGUCAACAACAAGACGACUCGCAGGACUUUAUCCCAACUCGCUAGAGCCUAGAGAGCGAUUUAUGCUUAGGAAGGAGUAAAGGGCAUGUGUUAAUGAUUUUGCGACGAUCGGCAAGUAUUCGAGUGAUGGCAUGGGAUUUUAUGAUUGUUUCUAUACCAGGAUUCUGCGGG